AUGGUUGUGAAACUGUAUUGCGGCGAUGGUGCGUCGUUGAGCGCGGCAGGCAGCAAACGGUCGGCUUUGUCGGCUUCGGACGCCGAGUGCUUUUCGCUGUGCCUGGGUGCCGGGCCUCUGUGCGCGAGCUCCCUCACCGGCAGCUCCGAGAGCAUCGCCACAGAUGGAGGCUCCACCAGACCUCUUCCACACCCUCAAUCACAGCAAGAGGUGAUAAGCAAGAUCUUGGAGCGCAAAGACCGUCAGCCGACGAAGAUAGAGUUCAAAAUAUUCCUCACUGAAAACACCAUGGUUCGCUGGGAAGCUGUAAGUAUAAUAAUAAUAAUGUACUAGCUCUUUUCCUGCUUCUCCGCCCACGUUAAUUAUAGCCUGUGUCACCAUAUAGCAUAGCCGCAUACAAAUCACCCGUAUGAUAUAUACCUUCCUAUAGGUGAAAGAAUUUUCAGGAUCCAUUCAGACUUCCGAAGAUACCCCCAAAAACAAUCAAAAUUUUACAUCUUUAUAAUAUUAGUAUAUAUAUAUCUUAAUUUUUCCUCAGAAGUUCAUACAUGUACUUACUUCUAUCACAGAAUAUUUACUUGUUUAUUUCUGUGAGGUGUCUAUAAAUUAAUAAUUCGCAAAUUUCCACCUCAUGUAUGAAGAUAUAUUGUUUUUUUAUAUGUAAUCUAGUAGGUGCUACGAUUGUUUCACGUCACAAUACAUUACGUGUGAUUUUGAUUUGUUUUUUAUACUGUC